GAAUUUUAGAAUUUUUACAACGAAAAAACUUUAACCGAUCAACUGAAUUUAAAAAAAACGCUAUGGCGAUAACGAUCGUUUUGCGCAGAUUCAACCACUGCGGUAGUUAAAUCAACAAUCGAUGAUGGCCAAACAGUAACAUCGAAACAACGAAAAGAAGUAUUAUAAAAAAAUAAACAAUACCAAACACGAAGAUGUCAUGUAACACGAUAACACAAUAAACGAACCAAAAAGCGAUUCUACGAUCGCCGUGUUACAUCAAUGUACCCAUUGACAUAACCUCAAAGGCAACGUGAUCAUUGUAUCCUAUAAGAGAAACUACCGUUGUUUCGGCGAAAACACGGCCCUGUCGAGAAGGUUCUCGUCGCAAACGACGCAAUGCCACGGAAAAAGUCAACGAAACUUGCGCAGGAGCUGGCAGCAAAGUCAAGAGCCCUCGCAGUUGACACAUGUCAAGCGUGCAGUGCAACUCGAAAAAACGUCGGAACGACCAACAACACACAAUUACGAAUACGGAUGUAAAAUCGACACUCACCGCUGUGUCCGGUGUUACUCGACGACUGGCCCAUUAUUCACACGCCAACAGCGAUGGCAAGCACAAGAUAAAGCACACGGCGAUCGCGGCUGGCUCACGUGAAAAAGCGGAUGCAUGAGUGCGCGAAAGAUCGACACAUUUUUCGAAAAAUACUAUCACAUCGUGUACCCGCAGUGUCGCUACGACAGAGACGGACGGUCGCUUCGAAGCAACGAGGUGAUUGGCCCGUGGACCGAUGCGCAUGCGCGACCCGCGGAAUUUUGAAUUCAUCCUUAUUAUCUCCGCGUUUCCACGGAUUCCGAUAAUUUCUCAUCGAGACCGUCUACGGGAUAUCACUGCUUCUAAGCAGCUCGUCGCACAUAAAAAUCUACACACCUGGACGAGCCAUAGAACGUCCCCCAUCCCGAUCACCAUCACCGACACGAAUCACCCACCCACGAAUAUUGAAACGUCCAUUUUGCUAAAACGAGGCACCAAAAUCCACGACAAGUCGACACCUUUCCACGUGAGAUAUCCACACACGUAACCGCCAUAAUACACGCGCGUCUACUGCGCCUACAAUUCGCGUGUGCAAAGCUCGCGAAUAAACAGAAUCACGCAAUUACCAACUGUGUUUCAGUCUAUGAAGCGUCCAACGAUAUCGGCUGGGUCGAUUCGGCAAAAGCGAGUCGUGGAAGGAAAAACGAGCGAGAAACUGAAACUGCUUUUUCCAAGCCAUCGCAGAAGAUCAUCGAUCGGUGUCGAAUAAAGGUGCGGAUCGACGACGUUGGAAAUCAUCGCCUUGGUAACCACCGACAAAACACACUUGGCCGUCGAGAGACGUGGACACGUUGCGUGGUUGAGGAACACCACGAUAUCUCGAGGAUUCUCUUUAUAUAUGGAUUUUUCGGUCAGAUUCGAUUCACGUCUAGGAAGACGUUGAUCUCUCGACAUCGGUUUUUUUCUUCUGUCUGACAUGACAAUUCUGGAGGAACUCGACUCGAGGCCUCGGGCAUUCAGCAGCUGACGGCAACCAGGCGAUCGUACAUCCGGGGAAAAGCGCUCAACGCUUGGCCAAAGAUGGAUCCCCGACUCUUCUGGAUCGUUUGUUUCGGUUUGAUCGCGAUCCUCGUUUCGAAAGGACGGGCCAUCGAUUGUUUCAAGUGCGUCUCGAUCGACGGCGACAAUAAACCUUGCGACGAUCCGUUUCACAACAACGGAAGCCUCGCCUUCUUAGAGUCGCCUUGCUUGGGAGGUCGCAAAGGGCGCGAUGGUCUUUUUCCCGCGACUGCGUGCAUCAAAAUAGCGGGCAUAUAUGACGAGUCCGGGAUCUCUUUGACGGUGAGAAGCUGCGCGCUGGACAGCGGAACUCUAACGACCGACUCCGAAAUCAUAAGAAUGUCUCAUUGUGGAGGGUUCUACUUCGACGACAAAUAUGUUCGAGGUUGUGUACAAUCAUGCAACGAUGCAGACGCCUGCAAUGGAUCUACGCGGCAAGCAGUUUCACUCAUACUUUUAACCCUAUCGAUUUUUCUCGGACUAAUUUGCAUCACGUGAAAGUAAACUAAGUAAUAUCACGUGUUAAUUAAACGAUAGACAAUUAUUGUAUAUAUAUAUAUAAAGGAAACGAUUAUAUGUACAAUAUUAGAUUGUCCUAAAAAUUCUUUUUAUUAUUUGAAUAAUUUUGAAUUUUGAAUCAUGACAAUCUAAUUUAUUUUUCUUUUCUAACUUUUUAAAAAUAGAGAUAUUUUAUUGUUAAAUAUUUUAAAUUCUUUUGCAAAAAUUAUUAACUAAUAUCAACAAGUUAUAAAUUGAUCAGAUUAUAGAUUAUUCUUUUA